UCUCUCUCCAUUGUUGAGCUUCCUCUCAUUCUCUCAUGGCGAAGCCUCCAAACCACUUCCUCGCCGGAAUCCGCCGCCUGUAUUCUAAGCAAUCCUUCUCUAGAUCCAAUCCCUCAGCUCCGGUAUUCCGGAAUCUCUGCUCCAAUCCAUCCCCAAUCCAUCCUCCUUUUCCGAAACUCCCAUUUGAUUCCCACCUCGGUGAGCUCCUCUUUAAACCCUCAUCUUCAAAUGCUCUCCUUUCCCGAAUCCUCUCCCCUAAGCCUUUCAAUUCGAGGCGUUUCACCUCCGUUUCAUCGUUCAAGCUGCCGCCUUUGCCUUCGAGGUCAUUUUCUGCUAAGAGCUUUGAUGCUAAGGGGAGUCUUGUUGAGAAGCCAUUGACGGCGGUGAAGGAGGUGCUUUUGAGGUACCGGGAGGCGGUGGGGUUGCAGAUGGAGGCGUUUUGGAGUAGGAACUAUUUGAUUCUGGUUGGUGCAGGGGCUGCGGCGCUUUGCAUUGUGCUCUGGAGGAUCAUGUUUGGGGUUGCCAGCACUUUCGUUGGGCUCUCGGAAGGGAUGGCCAAGUAUGGGUUUUUGGCUCUCGCCACUGCCAUGGUGGCCUUUUCUGGUAUGUAUCUUCGAUCCAGAUUCACUAUCAAUCCUGAUAAGGCUUAUAGAAUUGCAAUGAGGAAGUUAAAUACAAAUGCUGGGAUUCUUGAGGUUAUGGGUGCUCCUCUGUCGGGGACAGACUUGAGAGCAUAUGUUAUGUCAGGAGGUGGACCUAAGCUGAAGAAGUUUAAGUUGCGGUUUGGUGGCAAAAGGUGUUUCCUUAUUUUCCCAAUUAGAGGAUCUGAGAGAAAGGGCCUUGUAAGUGUUGAAGUCAAGAAGAAAAAGGGCCAGUAUGACAUGAAGCUUCUGGCAGUUGAUAUACCAAUGUCAAAUGGGCCUGAUCAGCGAUUAUUCCUAAUUGGAAAUGAGGAAGAAUAUAGAAUUGGUGGAGGAUUGAUAUCUGAACUGAGGGAUCCCAUAGUAAAAGCAAUGGCUGCGGAGAAGGAGUUUGAAGUUCUUGAUGAUAAGGAGGAGGAGGAAGAUGAAGCAAGAGAACUUGCAGAGGCGGAAAGAAAGCAGCGUGAAGAGGAGAGAAGAGUGGAGGAAGCUGAAAAGAAGCAGCGAGAGGUUGAAAACCUUGAGAAAGCCACUACAUAGAUAGAAAUUUCAGGUAGCUGCAAGUCUCUUUUUCUGUGAUUUUUCUGAUGAACAGUAGCAGUGAUAUGCUCCCUUCAAGAAGCAUUUUCACAUCAAGACACAAAUAAAUUUUGUAUGAUAUGAUAUUCACAAUAUUGUUUCAUUUCCUGUCAUUCGGUCUUUGUUUUCAAUUUUCACUACUCAUGAGGCUUAUGAAAUACUUAAUAAAUACAGUUACAUCCAUA